AUUUAAUCAUAAUGUCCAAUAAAACUGUAUAUCCUUGGUAAAAAUAUUCUGCUAACCCUUUAAUUGUAAAAGAUGAUGUUGGAAAAGCAAAACCAAAUACUUAUCCAAUUCCAAAUUGUGCAUUUGGUACUAGAACAGUUCCAGGAAAGGAAGAAUCAUUAGGAGAAGUACUAUGUCAUAUGGAACAUUUUGCUUCAAUGGAUAUUAGACCAGAGAAAGAUUUUAAAAAAACAAAUAUAAUGAGUAUUAAACGUAAUUUGUGUACGGCUAAAGAAUUCUAAGAAUUCAGAUAGUCACAUGAUAUUAGAUAAAAGGUUGUGUAAGGAAAACCAAAAAUUACAGAAACUCCUAAAUAGUAAGUAUUCGGUAGAAAAAAUCGGUAUAAAAUUCAUUCUUAUAACUAAGCACUCCAUCACCAAUAAAAAAUGUUUUAGCAUAUGAUUAUGGUGCAGUAGCUGCAAAAAAAUAAGCAGAAGCAUAUACAUCUAGACCAUCUACAGCUAAGAGUAGAAUUUCAGUAGAAACUAAAUCAAGUAAAUUACUCAAGGAAACAAUUAAGAAGAAUCACUUAAUGCAAUCUUAACCAGAACAAUUAAAAAAGCUAUCUUAAUUUGCUAAUGUUUAAGCUAAAACUAAAACUAGAUAUUGAAUUAUUUAUUAU